UAAAGCAAUUAUUGUUUAUUAAAUGCUCUCUUUUUACUUAUUCUAAAAAAGAAAAAAAAUACUAUGUACAUCACUGUAUUAAGUAUGGCGAACGUGCAAGUACGGGUGGAUUUCCUGGAGAAUGGCAGGGGAGGUUUCUUCCUUCUUCAAGGUGGUUUCAAGUACUCCAUAAGAACAAGAUACAACGACAGAACCUACUGGAGAUGUAUUGACAGACAGUGUCCAGCUUCAUUAACAACAUCUGAAAACAUCGUGGUGAAGUUUGGCAGACCACACAACCAUGAGGACAACUACAUUGGACUAGCAGCCGAAUCCUUCAUCAGUGGUGUGAAGAAGAGGUGCAGAGAAGAGGCAACACCAAUCCCAACCAUCUAUGAUGAAGAGUUAGGAGGUUUGCGCAACACCGAAUGUGAUGAUUCAGUGGUGGAUAUGAUUAGGAACAUUCCAACAUUCCAGGCCUGUAAGUCCAUUUUGUACAGAAACCGGGCUAAGACAACUCCAAAGUUGCCUACUUCGCAGGAGGAAGUUAACCUCAAUGGACCAUGGACCUGUACUUCAGCUGGAGAAAGGGGUUCCUUCUCUGUGACGACACUGAUGCCCAAGGAAACCGAAUCCUGAUAUUUUCUACAGACUCCAACUUACAGCACUUGUGCGCGGCGGACACCGUUUUCAGUGAUGGAACAUUUUAUUCCUGCACCAGAUUCUUCACGCAACUCUACACACUGCAUGCCAAUGUGAACGGAACUAUGUUUCCCCUCGUAUUUGGACUUCUACCCAACAAGAGUGAGGCCACUUACAACCGUUUCUUUGUGCUUCUGAAGGAUGCAGUUACUGACCGACAGUCUGUGUUAACUCCCGAACAUUGGUUACUGGACUUCGAAAUCGCCGCAAGGAAUGCAGUUCAAGGAAACUUUCCCAGGACAUCUAUCAAGGGAUGCUUUUUCCAUUAUACCCAGUGCAUAUGGAGGAAAGUCCAAUCCUGUGGAUUGACAACACAAUUCCGGGAAGAUGAAGACUUUCAUCGCCUAGUAAGGAGAGCGGCUGUUCUUCCUUUGGUUCCAGAGCAGCAAGUGGAAGACGUGUGGUUUGAGGCACUACAGGACAACGAAGACGAUAAUCAAGAUGUUGGACGUUUUAAGGACAACGAAGGGCCACGGACAACAAAUGCAGUGGAAGGAUGGCAUCACAAGUUCAACCGGAUGUGUCGCCGCCCCCAUCCAAAUUUGUUCAUGUUUGUACAAUUAAUUCAGAAGGAGCAGGCAGCCAAUGAAGCCAAGAUGAUUCAGCUUGCUGCUGGUGGUGUUAUCCGUCCAAAGAAGAGAAAGUAUCGACAAUUAGAUCGUCGUAUCCAGGACCUAAAGACCAGACUACGCCAAGGAGAUAUCCAGAUAAUGGACUACGCAGAUGCUGCCUCUCAUCUACUGCAUUUGGAGUGA